AACAAGAAAAUUGAAAGCUCUCAUCAGUAAGGCUAUUGAGAAGAAUCAAUCUCCCACAGUAGCAGUGGACUCAGCUGCAGAUGUUGUGAGGAAUUUCUAUGGCGGAAUCAAUUCCCGCGACCUCGAUUCUGUGGAGGACCUUAUUGCCCUCAAUUGUGUCUACGAAGACCUCGUGUUUCCCCGUCCCUUUGUUGGUCGUAAGGAGAUUCUAGAAUUCUUUAGACAUUUCACGAACGCAACCAGCACGGAUCUGCAGUUCGUGAUUGAUGAUUUGUCCACUAACGACCACUCCUCCGUUGGGGUCACAUGGCAUUUAGAGUGGAAGGGAAAACCUUUUCCCUUUAGCAGAGGAUGCAGUUUUUAUCGUUUGGAGGUUAUCAAUGGCAACAAACAAAUAACGUAUGGACGAGACUGUGUUGAACCUGCAAUCAAGCCAGGGGAUGCAGCUUUGGCAAUAAUCAGGGCUGUGACAUGGCUUCUGCAACAGUUUCCUCAGUUAGUAGAUCGCUUAUAGUGUGAUAAAGUUGAAACUACAUUAUUUUUAGGAUAUACACAAUUACCAUGUUAAUUUGAUUGUACUUGGAUACUUGAAUUGGGUAUCCAUAAGAUUUGGUUUACCCAAGAUUUUAGGAAGGAAUUAAAAGAGAUGUAUAUAAAAAUCAUCCAAGUUAUAUCUGUGAUUGAGAGACUCACAUGUAUAUGUAAUAUGCAAUAUUAUUAUAGGUGGUGUUAUAAUGCACAGGGGUACGGUACUUAUAUUUCAAUCAAUCUUCUUGUUCAUCUUA